AAACUGGUGCAGUGUUUAGUAAACAUUUCAAUUAGCCGGUUGUUUCGAAAGAAUAAAAGCAAAAAAAAAAAAACGUUGAAAACAAGUAAUUCAUUUAAACCAAUAAAUAAAAUUAAUUAAAUCUAAAAAGAUGACAACAAUUAAAUAUUUUUUAAGUUUAACUGUACUUAUUGCUUUAGCCAGUAAAGCUUAUGCCAUUCACUGCUAUCAAUGUGAUGCUUCGGAAAAUCCCAAAUGCGGUGAAUAUUUCGAGCCGGAUGAUAACAUGAAAGUUGACUGCAGUAAAAUUCCGGCACCCUUCUACUCCACCUAUAUAUUGGGUCGUAAUGCCAAUGCCACCGGUUGCGUGAAGCGCAUGUUACAGAAAUCUUCUCCCUUUGCAGUGACCGGUGAUCCGUACAUUGCACGCUCCUGCUUCUACGGAGACUUUGCCAACCCCAAUAGUGGCUGUGAAAAGGAUCAACAAAGUGGAUUCACCAAACAGGUAUCCUGUUUUGCCUGUUCUGGAGAUUUCUGUAACAGUUCUACAGCAACCGGACCAAUUUUGAUGACUAUUUUAGGAUUUCUUGUAAUGUGCCGUAUAUUUUCAUAAAUUGUAAUAUUUUUAAUAAUUUAUGUAAAAAAAGGUUGGUCACAAAUAAAAACAAAUAUGUAUGUAUAUAAAUAAAUUA